UAAUCAGUCCAUGCUUUUCACAUGCAUUCUAAUACAUGUCUUAUCACAUUUCUGUACGUUGGUAUUUUUGUUAGUCCAAAAGAGAACAAAUCUAAACCGAACCCCUUUAAAGACUCGUUGUUAUUUUCAAAAGCAUCUAUGAAGCCAUUCGCCUUUUAUUUCGCACAUUUUGUGGUUUCUCAUUCAGUUUAAAUCCACCAAUGGGCUUUGAGGCUGCGGAUAUUGGGAUGCAAAUGAGCACACCGCGCGUGCUGGCGCAGUGAAAGCGUCCGAUUGUUUAUUGAGCUCGCGGAGCCACGCGCCCGGCUCGCGGAGCGUCACCCGGCGGGCGGAGUCCCGCGCGAGAAGCGUGCGUCUUCAGAGGGGGUGGGGUGUCCGACGCGUGUUGAAAAAGCCGAGAGCUGCCAAAGUUUGUAGCAGAAGCGAGGGACCACAACAUCACGCAAAGGGCGCGAGAGUCGUGCGUCGCUAGUUUUGUGACAGUGACACUGGAUUUGUCGUGCGAGAAGAUUUGCCAAAAAACCAUGGAUGCUGCGCAAAGUGCAUGCGACGCGUCUCUCAUCCUGCAAGAGUGCGCGCAAACCAAGUCGAAGGUGCUGAAGAGACAGCGCUCGCGAUCGCCGGAGCUGUUGCGCUGCAAGCGGAGGCUCGCGUUUAACGGGCUGGGAUACAGCAUCCCGCAGCAGCAGCCCGUCGCGGUGGCGCGACGCAACGAACGCGAGAGGAACCGCGUCAAACAGGUCAAUAUGGGAUUCCAGACGCUGCGCCAGCACGUCCCCAACGGCGCGGCCAAUAAGAAGAUGAGCAAAGUGGAGACGCUCCGCUCCGCGGUGGAGUACAUCCGCGCGUUGCAGCAGCUGUUGGACGAGCACGACGCGAUUUCUGCCGCGUUCCAGUGCGGCGUUCCGUCACCGACGCUCUCCAACGCGUACUCGGCCGAUCCCGAGUCGCCACACUCCUCGUAUUCAUCCGAUGAAGGGAGUUACGAGCACCUGAGCUCCGAGGACCAAGAGCUGCUGGACUUCACAACCUGGUUUGAUCGCUACUGAUGAGAUUUUACGAUCCUCACCCAAACCUUCCUUCACGUGACUGCUGGGAAACCCAGAUUAUGGAAGUGGUUGCUGGUUUGUU